CAAUUAAACAAGAAAUAUGAAAAUCAUCGAACAUCCUAACAUAAGUACGAGCGUGUUCUCUUCAAAAUGCAGAGACCGUAAUUUUAACAGACAGCAAAAUAAUUAAACUGUGGAUUAUAAAAUACCUUUACGCCGUCCUCGCAAACGACCCUACAACUAAAUAAAUUGAACUGCAAUUACACCAAGAAAACAACAAUACCCAUCAUGGGCCCAAAAAUUUAGCGUGGAAUAUUUACCUCCCAGAUGUAUCCAAAAUCCAGGUAAAUCUACUAUUAGGAUAUUGAGACCUGCACGUGUUUGCUAUUACACUCAAUAGCCAGAUUGGUGCUUUGUUGUUGGCAUGGCCCACUAGUGUGUCAGAAGGUAUUGUGGGUUUGUUACAGCGGACAAUUUAAUGUAAUGUUUUAGCUGGAAUCGCUUGAAGGGAAGGAGGAAACAGCCGGAGUCAGCCCAAAUUGAGAUCCAGGAAAAACAGGAUGAAUAUCUGAGGCAACAUUUAAUUUGACUUUUGUAGGGAGGGUUGAGAUUAUAUAUAUCAAAAUGCAGUCUAAAACGAAGAGGAGAGGUGUCGUAGAAAAUGGGGAUAGAGGGGAGGAAUUAGCAUUGGCUUCUGCAAUCAGCAAUGGGGAGGAUUUGGGUCCUAUCAUUAGACAAGCAUUUGAGGUGGGUAAGCCAGAAGCGCUUUUGCAUCAACUCAAACAGUUUGGGAAGAGAAAGGAGAUUGAAAUAGAAGAUUUGUGCAAGGUGCAUUAUGAAGAAUUCAUCCAUGCUGUGGAUGAGCUUCGUGGGGUUUUGGUAGAUGCAGAUGAAUUGAAAAAUGGUCUGGCUGAAGAAAAUUACAAGCUCCAAGAGGUGGGUAGCGCCCUCCUGGUCAAACUCGAAGAGCUUCUGGAAUCCUAUGCAGUAAAGAAGAACUUAACCGAGGCAAUGCAAUUAUCGAAAAUAUGUCAACAAGCCAUGGAAUUGUGUGUGAAAUGUAAUCAACAUGUGAUGAAUGAUAGCUAUUAUCCUGCUCUGAAGAGUUUAGACUUGAUUGAGCGAGAUUUCUUGCAAAGGAUUCCAGUUAGGGCUCUUCGCCAGAUGCUGGAGAAGAAGAUCCCUGCUAUCAAAUCGCACAUUGAGAAAAAGGUGAGCAAGGAAUUCAACGAUUGGCUUGUGCAGAUUAGGGUUACUGCUAAGGAAAUUGGCCAGUUAGCAAUUGGGCAAGCCUCGUCUGCUCGGCAGAGAGAAGAGGAGCUUCGAGGCAGGCAAAGGCAAGCAGAGGAGCAGAGCAGAUCAGGUGUUAGGGACUGUGUAUAUGCUUUAGAUACAGAGGAUAUGGAAGAGGAUGAUUCUCUCUUGAAAAUUGAUCUUACUCCAGUUUACAGGGCAUAUCAUAUACACACUUGCCUUGGUCUCCAAGAACAGUUCCAGGAUUACUAUUUUAAGAAUCGGCAGCUUCAGCUGAAUUCAGAUUUGCAAAUCUCUUCUAUGCAGCCCUUCCUUGAAUCCCAUCAAGUUUUCUUUGCACAGAUUGCUGGGUUUUUUGUAGUUGAGGAUCGUAUUCUGAGGACAGCAGGAGGAUUGAUCUCCACUAUGCAGGUAGAAAUGAUUUGGGACAUGGCUAUUGCAAAGAUGAGUUCCAUUUUGGAGGAUCAGUUCUCACGGAUGCAAACUGCGAGCCAUCUUCUCUUGAUCAAGGAUUAUGUUACUCUACUUGGUGCAACUUUAAGAAGAUAUGGCUACCAGGUGGAUCCCCUGCUAGAUGCUUUGGACAAGAACAGAGACAAAUAUCACGAGCUUCUUCUUAAUGAAUGUAGAAAACAGAUAAAUGAUGUUCUGGCGAAUGACAAAUAUGAGCAGAUGGUGAUGAAAAAGGAAUACGAGUACAAUAUGAAUGUGUUGGCAUUUCGUCUGCAGACAUCAGAUAUCAUGCCUGCAUUCCCCUAUAUUGCACCAUUUUCUGCAACUGUACCUGAUUGCUGUCGCAUCGUGAGAUCAUUCAUAGAGGAUUCUGUCAGUUAUCUGUCUUAUGGUGGUCACAUGGACUUCUAUGACAUUGUGAAGAAGUAUCUGGACAAGCUUUUGAUCAAUGUUUUGAAUGAAGCUCUCCUCAAGUUAAUAAAUAUUUCCACACUGGGGGUAUCUCAUGCCAUGCAAAUUGCUGCCAAUAUGACAGUUUUGGAGCGAGCUUGUGAUUUUUUUACGCAGCAUGCUGCCCAUCUUUGUGGCAUUCCCAUUCGUUUGGCAGAAAGGUCUCAAGCUGCAUUGGCUGCUCGAUCUGUCUUGAAGAACUCACAAGAUGCUGCACAUGAGGCAAUGCUGAGGCUUGUCAAGUCUAAGGUGGAUGAGUUCAUGUUGCUGACAGACAACAUCAACUGGGUCCCUGACGAAGUUCCACAAAAUGGCAAUGAGUAUUUGAAUGAGGUUAUAAUUUACUUGGAGACACUAGUGUCUACAGCACAGCAAAUUUUACCUUUAGAUGCCUUGAAUAAGGUAGGCAGUGGUGUUUUGAAGCACAUAUCAGACCGCAUUGUGGCUACAUUACUGCAGGACAAUGUCAAGCGAUUCAACAUGAAUGCAAUGCUUGGUAUUGACAGUGAUUUGAAAGUGCUGGAGGCCUUUGCUGAUGAGAGAUUCCACAGUACUGGCUUGAGUGAGCUGCAGGGUGCUAUAAGUUUGAAGCACUGCUUGGCAGAAGCACGUCAGCUGGUUAAUCUUUUAUUAAGCAAUCAACCGGAGAGCUUCAUGAACCCUGUUAUAAGGGAGAAACAUUACAGUGCUUUGGAUUACAGGAAGGUUGCAAUGAUUUCUGAGAAAUUCAGAGAUGCACCUGAAAGGCUCUUUGGAAGCUUGGGGGGUAGAAACUCAAGGCAUAAUGCUAAGAAGAAAUCUUUGGAUACAUUGGUCAAGAGAUUAAGGGAUCUCAACUGACAUAUUCUAUGGUUACCUUGAUGCUGAAAGUACCAAAGGAAGACUUUUACAAGAUUUAUGCGUAGGGAUCAUUCAGUGUUUACAAGGACGACCUUAGACAGAUUGCUCUGAAUGAGCGUUGCGGUGCUAGAGGUCAACUGGCUUCUGGUGCUUCUACUGCUUCAGAAAAUUACAAGGCUAGGACAGAUGAUAAGACUGCCAAAGAAUUUGAGACCCUGACUGUUAUUCUUGUGAAUACCAUCUUAAAUAAUGCUUUGGAUCAGAUUACUGUUGCUGAUGUUGCUCGUAAAGCUUGGGAGGAUAGGCUGAUUGAUGCAUUUGUGGAUCAUAAGGUCAAGACUUCCCUGGCUGAGGGUGAGAUUUUGGUGGACUAUUCUUGGUUUGAGAGGUUACUCGGCAGCCACACUGGUGUUAUUCUGUAAACUGUUUUAGAAAAAAUAUGCUAAAGAGUAUUGGAUCUAAUUAGCUUCAGAUCUGUGAAGGAUCUCUAAGUUAUGUUGAACUGUAGUUUGUUAGUGCAGUGGCUGUCAGUUUGGACUCUGGAGCCCUUGACUCUUAAUUUUGUCUCAAGGAUUGGCACUCUCCUGGGCCUGUCAUGCUUUGAUGUAUCAUGUAAUGUCUUCUAUUUUGUACUGUCCUUUGGGCUUAUAAAUUUUUGUAAAUUUGGUUAACUUUCAGUUAUAGAAUUUUUUUGUUCUUAA